AUGUCGCCAGCGCCCGCAGAGCUCGACCCCACGACGGGUGGAACCGGCAACACCGCAUCGCGUGCGCAACCUGCAGAUAUACCGUCUUCCCCCGCAUUUGGACGUCCAAGGCGGACUACGGUGCAGAGUGAUAUCCAGGAAGCUAUUUUACAUCCUGGCAAUGUGCGCAUCAAUGUCCAGGGCGCUUUCAUCGUCGACGAGGAGCAGCCCAGCACUCCACAAAGCGAAGACUACGAGCACGACCCCAAGGACAUCCGUCUGCCAAACCACACGGCAGUCAUUGGUGGAUCACUCGCAAAACUCGUAUACUUCUCGCGCGAACCCGGCGACGAUGCGAUUGGCGGCCGGCUGAACUUCCUCAAAUUCGAGACCGAUCGGAUAGACGGGUGCAUCGAAUUCAUGCGCAAGCUGCAGGCCGACUACAAACAGAACAAUGGGUCGACUCCCGAAGACCUGUGCGUCAUGGCGACGGGUGGCGGUGCUUUCAAGUACUACGACAGGAUAACACAAGCGCUUGGCGUAGAGGUCAAGCGCGAAGAUGAGAUGGAAUGCUUGAUAAUAGCCGAUCCCAAAGGCCUCGAUUUCUUCAUCAACGAGAUCCCCGACGAAGUCUUCACCUACAGCGAAGAAGAGCCCAUGACCUUCAUGCCACACCCGCCCGACCCACCGAACAUCUACCCAUACCUGCUUGUAAACAUCGGUUCUGGUGUCUCCAUGGUCAAAGUCUCCGGUCCAAGGCAAUUCGAACGUGUUGGCGGUACAUCGCUAGGGGGCGGUACUCUUUGGGGUUUGCUCCUCCAUGCUGACAGGCGCGAGGAGCUUCGAUGACAUGGCUGAGGCUUGCGGAGAAUGGUGAUAACUCAACCGUUGAUCUGCUUGUUGGAGACAUCUACGGACAAGCCUACAACAAGAUCGGCCUCAAGAGCACGCACAUUGCUUCAUCAUUCGGCAAAGUCUACAAGAUGAAGCGCGCGGCAGAACGAGACGCAGAAGACGGCUGUAAUGGCGACAUGAAGCGCCGCGAAGAAGCAGAACACGUCGAAGGCUCAUCCGAACUUCCCCACCCCGCUGCUGCUUUCCGACCCGAAGACAUUUCUCGCUCACUACUCUACGCCGUCUCAAACAACAUCGGCCAAAUCGCCUAUCUCCACGCAGAGAAGCAUGGCCUACCGCGGAUAUACUUCGGCGGGUCAUUCAUCGGCGGACACUCUCAGACCAUGAACACGCUUUCUUAUGCCAUCCGCUUUUGGUCCAAGGGCACAAAACAAGCAUACUUUUUGCGACAUGAGGGCUAUCUUGGGUCUGUUGGUGCUUUCUUGAAGAGACAACCGAGGAAUUGGGGGAGGAGAGAGAGCUUCCAAGGGCAGAAAGUGACUAUCUGAAACUCGUGGCGGUUCUUUAAUGAUUCAACAUUUAUGGGAUUUGGUCGGAUGUAAGAGCGAUAGUAGUAUUAAUACACCACGGCAGAUCAUUGACCAUC